GGUGAACUACUACUGCUAGGAAAAUCUGUCGCUCUCUCUCUCUCUCAACGACGCCGCGAUCCAGAUCCAGCCAGGUAUCAAGUCAUCCUUCCGCCGCCGCGUACUGCGCCUAUCUUGCUUCUCCGGCGGACGGGCGUACCCAUCGUCCUCGAUCAUCCCCCGGACUGGAUCGGAACGGAGAUCCAGCCGGACCUGCGGUGAUCCCUUCCUUUUCUCGGAUAGUAUAGUGAGCUAGCCAAUGAAGAGGUAAAUUCGUCAGGCUUGUAUCAAGUUAGUAGUUCAUGGUGCCUGGAUGAGCAGUAGAGAUGCUACUGGCCGUGGAAGGAGGAGGGUUCUUCUCGUCUUCAGCUUCGGGGUACAGCCAUGGCCUUGCUCUCUUGCUACUCGGACGGAAAGCUGAGGAGAAGCCCGUCAAGGCUUCGCCGUGGAACCAGUACCGGCUAGUCGACCGGGAGGCCGAGCAGGUGUACCACCUGCCCUCCGCCAAGGAUCAGGCGCCUGGGAAAUGUGCUCCCUUUGUCUGUUUCGGAUGCACGGCUAAUGGCCUCGAGGUGGCGUCUCCUUCCAAAGCGGUCUCCAGCAAUGCGCUCGGUAGGGGUACCUCACAGGAAGAAGCAUCUUGUUCAGCACACAAGGCGUUGACAACUAGUGCUUCCAUCAGUGGCAGUGAGAGACGUGGCUGUCUUAAGAGCAACUCCAAAAGGGAUUCUUUGGAGCACCGUAUAGUGGUGAGCGAGGGGGAAGAACCACGCGAGUCUGUGGAAGAGGUGCAGACCUUGAGAUCUAGCAUAGAACGGAGGAAAGUUCAGUGGACAGAUACAUGUGGAAAGGAGCUUUUUGAGAUAAGGGAGUUUGAAACAAGCGACGAGGGCCUGUCGGAUGAUGAUGCAGAAAACGAUGGUUUCCGGAAAUGUGAAUGUGUGAUUCAGUAGAUUUCAUCUCUGCACAACAAGCCUGACAGAAACAUCUCAUGGGAAGCCUGCCCUGCUGGGAAAGAUGUGCCACGGAGACUACUUUGCCGCUGAAAUGAUCGACGACAGUCGAAACAAAACAAACAGCCAUGAAUCGAUAUCGUGCUAGAGUAUUUGUUGGUUAUAUGCUUAACUAGUCUGCUCAGCAGGGUUAUAGUUUCGAUGCCCACCUGUACAAUAUCAAGAUCCCCUUUCUUUCUUUUCUGUCACAUUUUAUUUUUCUCGCUUUCCAUUGUGUUUUCACGCCCGCUGUACCAUAUGAGGCUGCCAUGUUACCUCCUCCAGGGAUUUUGGAUCCCUGACAUCAUGCUGUUUUAUUUUGUUUUGCUCCUG